UCUCAAAUGAAAGAGAAAAAAAUCAAUUCUGUAUUAAUCCAAAAGAUUUCCAUGUUUGUCUUGGGAGGAACAAGAAGCAGUGAGCAAAGAAAAUCAUCUCCAUCUUGAAGUGAGGAAUUAAUGAUGAUUUUCAUGCUGAAGGAGUGCCUCUGCUUUUCAUGGACGCCACUGUCGGAUCCCAGGCAAAAGAGGAGGAUCUCUGUGCUAUUUAUUCAGAGGACAGAAAUGUAUGCGCAGAGCCCUGCCCACUGGAGUAAGACACAGAAACACCAAGCUUUUGCACAGGUAGCAAGGGCACACACUGCUUUCCAGAGGUUUGUUUUCUUCCCACAGCCCUGUGUUGUGUGUUGACUGUCACCACCCCCGGUGCUGAUAGCGUUUCGCUCACCCCAUCAUGGCACACAUAUUGUUUCUUCCACCUGUUGCACCCUGUCAGCAAACUCUUUGCAGUCCUGUGAUUUCUGGCACUAUCAGUGAUACUGUUAUUUUCACUUAAAUGCUAAUCAAUAAUCUAUUCUGCAGUUUGUGAAGCCUUUGUGGCAUCCUUCAGCCUGGGUGUACUCUGCAGAUGAAUGCAAUGCUUGUAACUACCAGUGAUAAGCAGAUGUUAGGUCACCGUUCAUCUCUCUCAUUAUGGCAAUUAGUGACCUGUAGAAGAUGAUCAGUAAGGGAUUUUAUCUGUCUUGACGUUGGUGUCUGGUUGCUGGCACUGAAGGAUGCUGUUUAUAGUCCAGUUAAUAAUUUUCCCUUUCCUGCUCAUCAUUAUUAUUACCAUCCAAAGUGCCUUUUUGCUUCUGUUAGCAAAACCAGAAUCCCUCAUGCCCCAGUUUUAGCAGCUAAUGUCCACCAUCGGGGCAACUGAUCCAGCACAGGAGUUAAAUAUAACCGUGUCUAGUAUAAGGAGAAGAUUUAAUGGGAAAUGGUUGGCAUUCUUUCUUCCUAAAGGCACAGGGAGGGGGGGGGGAGAGAGAGACGUACACACACAGACACACACACGCAUCCCACAGUGAGGGAAGAGGCAGAGACCAGGCAAGGCAGAGAGGGAUUGAGGGGAGAGAGAGAGAAAUCCCCAAAGCAGCCCUGCACCUCUGAGCUGGAAUCUGCCAGGGCACAGCCAGCAUGUUGGUCCUCAGCCCUCUUGUCUGGGGAUCUUACCUGCAGCUUUUCAUCUGCAUUGCUUUAUCUCAGACUGCGUACGUUGACAAUGUCUUCUCAGUUUCAGAAGAUCUCCCUUGUUUGGAACAAAAGAAACAGCUCAUCAACAGUGCGUGCUGCCUCCUCAUCCCUCCUCCUCCACCCUUGUUUCCACCACCGUUCUUCAGGCACAGCUGGAGCACUAAGCUGCUUGACCUGGAUAUGAGAGACUUUUGCAAAGAGCUCCAGACAAUAGAGGUUUUCUCUCUGCAUGAAUCACAUUGUCCCACAGGGCCUCCUGGCCCCAAGGGUCCACAAGGAAUUCCUGGUAUAAUGGGACCAAAGGGGGAGAAAGGGGAAAUUGGCAGACCAGGAAGAAAGGGUAGACCAGGUCCCCCAGGAGUUCCUGGAAUGCCAGGACCAGUAGGAUUGCCUGGACCUGCAGGGCCAAAGGGUGAAAAGGGAGAGUUGGGUGUGAUGGGAUUGCCAGGUACAAGAGGACCAAUGGGCUCCAAGGGUUUUCCCGGCUCUAGAGGAGAAAAGGGAUCCAGAGGUGACAGGGGUGACAAAGGAGUCAAAGGAGACCAGGGAGAAACGGGCUUCCCUGGAAUGCUGGGACAAAAAGGAGAGAUGGGCCCAAAGGGACAAUCUGGAGUACCAGGACACAGAGGACCUAUAGGAAGACCUGGAAAACGAGGCAAACAAGGUCUAAAGGGAGACAUUGGACCUGCGGGUAUCAUGGGUCCACCUGGAAGGCCUGGUCCUUCCGGCCAGCCAGGGCCCCCUGGACCUUCAGGAUCAGGGCAAUUCGCAAUAGGACCAAAAGGAGAAAGAGGACUUCCAGGGCCUCCAGGGAGAUGUCUCUGCAGAUCCCCACAUCAUGUGAAUAAUCCACCCUAUGAAGAGCCUGUGUUUGGACACAGUUAUCCGAAAGUCCCUGCGAUUUUUGUGGUGAAUAAUCAAGAAGAAUUGGACCGGUUAAACACUGAAAAUGCCUUAGCUUUCAGAAGAGAUCAGAGAUCUUUGUAUUUCAAGGAUACCUUUGGAUGGCUCCCAAUCCAGCUCACUCCUUUCUAUCCUGUGGAUUACCCCUUCAAGGAUGGUGGUACCUGUGGAGAUGGGAUCGUACAGGAUGGGGAAGAGUGCGACGAUGGCAAUGCAAUUGUGACUGAUGGCUGUAUAAGAUGCCACCGUGCUUACUGUGGAGAUGGCUACAGACAGGAGGGAGUUGAAGACUGCGAUGGGAAGGAUUUUGGAUAUUUGACAUGUAAAACAUACCUCCCAGGGUCUUACGGAAAAUUACGAUGCACUUCUUACUGCUACAUUGACUCUACAGAGUGUCGAUACUUCACAUGAGGGAAGCGGAGGUGGGUGACAACCCACGCGUAGCGGGGUGCUGGGUGCUACACUAUCAUCUAUCCCAGAAGGACUGGGACAAAAAAAAACCCAAACACCUCUGUGUGAGAACAAACCAUGCUGCUGAUGGCCACUUUGAGAUGUUUUUCUGUUUCUUUUUAAUUUAUGUCAGAUUGGGAAAAAAUAGGACCACUGCAUCCUGUCUUAAUAAAGAAAUGACAAUGUUUGCCAGUAAGACUUUCACAUGGCUGUGGAUGGGAACUUGCUCUCCAUUACAAAUGUGACACAAAGCUACUGGCAACUGCAUUUCACUAACCAGGAAUAUUGUGUAACAAUUACCUCGACUUAGGACUGUUGAACCUACGUGUAAGCUCUUCAGGGGGGUUGUCUUUAAACCUUCUUGGCAUAAACACAAAGCAUAUCUUGGAUGCGGUGUUUAUAGAGACUUGCUCUUUUACUAUAACGUGAACUUUGCAAGUGUUGUAUCCACACAAGUGAUGAGUUCAGUGGCAUAAAGGUUAACUGUACACCUUUGUGGGUCAAAGGAGCAGAGGCCUCUCAGUAAGUGCUGAUUGGCAAAUCAGCCAAAAAAGCUGGUGAACUUCAUCUUUGUGCUAUGACACUUGGCUGUGUGUGUUGAUUUGCAUGCACAGAAACUCAAGCAGUCAUAGGAGGCCUGAAACUGCAGAUCACGAAGGCCAAACUGGACAAAUAAACUGUGAAAUAGCCAAGGACCUCUUUCCCAGGAGGAAAUCAGAUGAGAAGGGAAGAUAAAGAAGGAACGUUUUUCCAUAGUUUUCACCUCUGUCGAGCUGCCUGGGCUCUGUGUGACCCCAAAGGGGCUGGGACAGCAUCAGUUACCUGCCUGAAGCCACAGCAUGACCACAUACAAAUUGCCUUUAAUCUGGUUUCUACACUGGAGGGUCUUUCAAUUUUCCUUCCCUUGUCCACCUGAACUUCAUCAUUCGGUUACCGGUUAUAUCCUGUCUUUUCUUUCCCUCUCUCCUGCUCGCUGUUUUCACUGUCAUGUCUGGGGUACCCCCAAGUGUACAUUCUUACUUUUGUAUUGCUGUAAAUCAGAUCUUGGAGUAUGAGUUCAUGGAUGCUCAUUCAUGCUGUGUAAUGUACAUGUAUUUUUGUUUUUCAGAAAUUUUGUUCAACUAUAUUAGUUUUGAUAGGAGUCAAGGUGAUUAUAUACUUAUUUAUGAACAGGCAUUAAAGAACAUAUUUAACAUGGGAAGCUUAUUAAAUGUUAUGUGAAAAAGAGUCUAUGACAGAAGAAAAUGAAAAAAAAAGAGUGUUCAGAUAUCAGGACUGAGAGCCUCAAACCAAGGCAUUAUUUUCCUACAAGACACUCCUUUCUGCUUCAUAAUAAAUGCUGUACACAACUGUUUGAAAUGUGAGUAAUCUGUACCAGUGACAGCACUGCAACAGCUGCACUUACACUGGUACUUCUGUAAAGGUUAAAUAAAGGUGGAUGUUAUAUUAUAAAGAUAAUGCACUAAAGCAAUCAAGAAAUGCAUAAAACUUUUACUCCCUGCAUAGAAGAAUAACUCUGCAUGUCCAAAGUGGUACUGGAAAUCACCAAUUAAAAAAAAAAACAAAAAAAAAAA